AUCUCUAUAUGAAAAAAGUGUAUCUCACUUUUUUUUAGGAUUCGACUUUACGGAUUUAGCUACAAUCCAAACCACCACCAGCGCAAGUUCGAAUUCGAUUCGGUGGGAAAGACAGAACAAUUCUCUCUUCCCUGCUCCACGAGAAAUAACAAGCAGCAGGCAGAACGUUGAGGUGGAAGAGCUUCAACGUGAAGAAAGCUUACGAAUCCCAUGAAAGCAAUCAACACCAUGCUUACUAUAAUAACUAAAGCAAAAGCAAAUUCCCAGCAUCUAUCGCCACUUCAAAAAGCAAAAGACACCGGUCUCUCCACCCUCUCCCUCCAAUCCUCUCCCACUAAAGCAAAAGAAGAGUAAAGAAUCGAUCGACGUCGACAAACACGUACCAUGAGAUCAUGACGUCGCCGCCGACUGUUCGCAAGCUGGUCGUGGAGGUGAUCGACGCCCGCGAUCUCGUUCCUAAAGACGGGCAAGGCACCUCCAGCCCCUAUGUGGUGAUCGAGUUUGCCGGCCAGCGCAAGCGCACCCAUACCCGUGCUCGCGACCUCAAUCCUCAGUGGAACGAACGACAUGAAUUCAUUGUCUCCGACCCCUCUUCCAUGGAGCUCGAAGAGCUCAACGUCGAAGUCUACAACGACAAGCGCCUUGGCCCCGCCGCUUCAGCCGCACCUCGAAAGAACAAUUUCCUCGGCCGCGUCCGCAUCUACGGAUCCCAGUUCGCUCGCCGUGGUGAAGAGGGCCUUAUCUAUUUCCCUCUCGAGAAGCGCGGUCUUCUUAGCUGGAUUCACGGCGAGAUAGGCCUCAAAAUUUAUUACUUUGAUGAAGAGAAGAACCCCGACGAUGCAAAGAAGCCAGAAUCAGUAUCCCCUUUGCCGCCUUCCUCUGCUCCGGAGCCGCCGGAGAUUCCCGCUCCCACCGAGGCUGCCGUUGAGCCACAGUCGCCGCUCGCCAUUCCUGUCGCCAUCCCUGUCAUUAAUGCCGAGGAGAUUCCGCCCACGGCCGACCAGGCGCCGCCGCCUUCUGCACGAGAGGAUAUUCCUCUGAUGCCGGAUGUCAAGAAGGCCCAAAACUCUGUUAGCUUUGAUCGGGUCCGUAUGACCAGCAGACGGAACGGCACGUCAGAGUACGCCCAUUCCCCACGGGUAAUCACCGGCCAGUUCAUGUCAUCCUCAACGGACCCGUUGGUCCCUUCAGUCUACGACCUGGUCGAGCCAAUGCAGUACCUUUUCAUUAGAAUCGUCAGGGCCCGUGGCCUUCGUAAGUGCGAGAGUCCGUAUGUCAAAAUCCGGUCAGGUUCACAUUCCAUGCGGUCCAAAUCGGCACGAGAUGCAUCCUGUAACCCUGAAUGGAAUCAGGUUUUUGCUUUAAACCAAUCCAAACCAGACCCCACACUGGAGAUUUCAGUUUGGGACGGCAGUUCCGGUGAAGCAUUCCUCGGCGGUGUCUGCUUUGACCUCUCCGACGUUCCUGUACGAGAUCCCCCUGAUGGCCCGCUCGCCCCGCAGUGGUACCAUCUUGAGGGUGGCGAAGACCGCCACGUUACGGGUGAUAUAAUGUUAUCUGUUUGGCUCGGCACCCAAGCAGACGAUGCUUUCCCCGAGUCCUGCAACUCAGACGCACCUUACAUAACUUACACUCGCUCUAAAGUCUAUCAAUCGCCAAAGCUAUGGUACCUCCGCGCCUCGGUCAUUGAAGCUCAAGAUCUCCGUGUCCCUUCGCCAUCCCUCGGCUCCCCUGUAAAUCUCUAUGUGAAAAUCCAACUCGGCUUCCAAUCCGCCCGCACCAGACGUUCGAUCUCAAAUUGCAAUGCGUCUACCUUCUCCUGGCUUGAAGAUUUGAUGUUUGUUGUCUCGGAGCCGCUUGGUGACCAAUUAAUUGUUCUUGUUGAGGAUCGCUCUGCCAAAGAUCCCAUCUUGCUAGCCCACGCUGCCGUCCCAGUGGCCUCUCUAGAUCAGCGUUUUGACGAACGACAGCUGGUACCUCCGAAGUGGUUUAGUCUUGACAACAUUGGCAGUAACGGGCAAGAGCACGGACUUGGAGUAGCUUAUGGUGGGAGGAUACAAUUACGCCUUUGCUUGGAGGGAGGCUAUCAUGUACUGGACGAGGCAGCACACGUGUGCAGCGACUUCCGUCCAACGGCGAAGCAGUUGUGGAGACCAGUAGUGGGGUCGCUCGAGCUUGGGAUUCUCGGUGCGCGUGGGCUACAACCAAUGAAGACCAAAAGCAACGGAAAAGGCUCAACAGACGCUUAUUGCAUUGCCAAAUAUGGGAAGAAGUGGACGCGUACAAGGACCAUCACAGACAGCUUCGACCCACGGUGGAACGAGCAAUACACAUGGAAGGUGUACGACCCCUGCACUGUUCUUACCAUCGCCGUCUUUGACAAUUGGCGCAUGUUCGCCGAAGGCGGAGAAGACCGCCCAGACUACCGCAUUGGUAAAAUCCGCAUCCGCGUCUCCACAUUAGAAAGCAACCGCAUUUACACCCAAUCUUAUCCGCUUCUUGUGUUGCUCCGUUCGGGAUUAAAGAAAAUGGGAGAGAUUCGAAUAGCUGUUCGCUUUGCGAGCUCAGCACUACUACCUGACACCUGCGCUCUCUAUGCCACCCCCAUGUUGCCACGAAUGCACUAUCUGAGGCCAUUAGGAGUGGCACAACAGGAAGCACUACGUGGUGCGGCUAUUAGAAUAGUCGCGGCAUGGCUGGCGAGGGCAGAGCCGCCGCUUGGUCCAGAGGUUGUGCGCUACAUGCUCGACGCGGACUCACACUCUUGGAGCUUACGGCGGAGCAAGGCAAAUUGGUUUCGUAUCUUGGGGGUCAUCGCAUGGGUCGUUGGCUUGGCCCAAUGGCUUGACGACUUGCGCCGAUGGCGAAAUCCUAUGACUACUGUUUUAGUUCAUAUCUUGUACUUGGUGCUAGUGUGGUACCCGGAGCUAGCUGCCCCAACAGCGACUUUAUAUUUGUUCUUAAUCGGAGCAUGGUAUUAUCGCUUUAGGCCGAGAGGACCAACGGGAAUGGACGCGCGGUUGUCACAGGCUGAAGGCGCAGAAGUGGAUGAGCUAGAUGAAGAGUUUGAUGGUGUGCCGACUGGAAAGGCGGCGGAGGUAGUGAAGUUGAGGUAUGAUAGAUUAAGAACAUUGGCGGCGAGGGUGCAAUCGGUCAUGGGUGAUUUAGCGGCGCAGGGGGAGAGGGUACAAGCAUUGGUGAGUUGGAGGGAUCCAAGGGCCACUAGGGUUUUUAUUGUGAUGUGUUUGGUGAUGUCGCUUGUGCUUUAUAUGGUGCCACUGAAGAUGGUGAUGGUGGCAUUGGGGUUUUAUUUUUUGAGGCAUCCCAUGUUUAGAGAUCCUAUGCCGCCUGCAGCACUCAAUUUUUUUCGGCGGUUGCCGAGUCUAUCUGAUCGGUUGUUGUAGCCUUGUAGGAUGGAAGGAUGAUGGCUUGCAGGGAAAGUUGGGUGCCAAGAUGGUAAGAGCAUGUAUUAAAUAAUGUUUUUCAUUUGGCUUGUGGCAUCGCUUGAUUUUUG